AUGUCGCGCCACGGUCUUUCAGGGUGGAAAAAAAGUGUUUCCCGAUGUCGUCACUUCCGGCCUGCCGCGGAAAGAGUCCCCGGAUGCUGCAGCGCCGCUCCAGAGAGGCUCCAGAGGGAGGGCGGAGCCAAGUGAAGUGCCCGGAUGUUCCUCCAGCGAAGGGAGGAGGGAGGGCGGAGUCAAGUGCCCGGAUGGAUCGAAGAUGGCGGCGCGGGUGGCCCUGAGGAGGAGAGACUUUGCCGGAUCGGGUCUGGCUGUGGCCAAACGGGAGCCCCGGAGGAGCAAGAAGACGUAAGGGUCCGCCCCAAUCGAGGAGGAGCUGUCCCGGUGGCUGUGGAAACUGGGUUGCCCGCGAUGGCCGCCCUUCCCGGGAAGCGCAGCUGGCAGCAGGCCUGGCCGGAGGAGGAGGGCGACCGGGAGCACGGCCUCUACAGCCUGCACCGCAUGUUCGACAUCGUGGGCACCCACCUGACCCACCGCGACGUCCGGGUGCUCUCCUUCCUCUUUGUGGACGUCAUCGACGACUACGAGCGGGGCAUGAUCCGCAGCGGGCGGGACUUCCUGCUGGCGCUGGAGAGGCAGGGCCGCUGCGACGAGACCAACUUCCGGCAGGUGCUGCAGCUCCUGCGCAUCAUCACCCGCCACGACCUGCUGCCCUACGUCACGCUCAAGCGCCGGAAGGCCGUCUGUCCGGACCUCGUCGACAAGUAUUUAGAAGAGACCUCCAUCCGCUACGUGACGCCGCGAGCCCAUAGUGGCGCCAAACAGGUCCCUGCCCAUCAACACAAAUCUGUGCCUGCCCACCACCCGCUGGUCUGCUGCUCCUCUUCGGGGCCCCAAAUCUGUCCCAAGAGGUCCGGGCGGGGAAGGGCCCUCCUCAGUAACCAGCGGAAAAGAAGGAAGUCGGUGACGCCGGACCCGAAGGACAAACAGACGUGCGACAUCCGCUUGCGGGUGCGGGCCGAGUACUGCCAGCACGAGACGGCCCUGGAGGGCAACGUCUUCUCCAACAAGCAGGACCCACUGGAGCGGCAGUUUGAGCGCUUCAGCCAGGCCAACACCAUCUUGAAGAGCCGGGACCUGGGCUCCAUCAUCUGUGACAUAAAGUUCUCGGAGCUGACCUACCUGGACGCCUUCUGGCGCGACUACAUCAACGGCUCGCUGCUGGAGGCCCUGAAGGGGGUCUUCAUCACGGACUCCCUCAAGCAGGCGGUGGGCCACGAGGCCAUCAAGCUCCUGGUCAACGUCGACGAGGAGGAUUACGAGGUGGGGCGCCAGAAACUCCUGCGGAACUUGAUGCUCCAGACGGCCCCUUGAACGGCAGCCGGCUGUUCUCCCCCCUUCCCUUUCGUCCUCUCGGAUGGAUUUUUUAAUUAUUUUUUCCUCCCCCCUUUGCAAAAAAAAAAAAAACCCACAACAAGGAGAAAAGAACCACGGAAACCAACCCAACCUCCUUCCAUGAUGUCUCCUUCGAGACCUUAUGUGAGGGAUACGUGCUACUAUUGCUGGUUUUGCUUUUCGGUUGGAAAAAAAAAAGGGAGGCAGGGAAACGUCCGGAAGGCCCUGUUCUGUUUCCUCGAGUCUACUUUCCCUGUCGGCCAUUUUGAAAGUCAACCGGAGGCAGGGAAGCACCCGGAAGGUGUUACUUUAUAAACAAGAAGGAAAAGUUACAUACGUUUGUAUCCCUGUCCGCCAUUUUGAAAGUCAACCGGAGGCAGGGAGGCACCCGGAAGGUGUUACUUAACACCCAGAAGGAAGGAAAAGUUACAUAAGUUGGUAUCCCUGUCCGCCAUUUUGAAAAUCAAUAGGAGGCAAGGGAUUUUCCGGAAGGGCCCAUUGCCUAGAUUUACUUUGGUCUCCUUUCCCUGUCGGCCAUUUUGAAAGUCAACCUGAGGCAGGGAAACACCUGGAAGACCCCAUUACUGAAGUUCCUUUCCCUGUCGGCCAUUUUGAGAAUCAAUGGGAGGCAGGGGAACUUCCAGAAGAGCCCAUUGCCUAGAUUUAUUUUGGUCUCCUUUCCUUAUCGGCCAUUUUGAAGGUCAACUGGAGCCAGAGAAACACCCGGAAGGCCCCAUUGCCUAACUUCCUUUCCCUGUCGGCCAUUUUGAAGGUCAACUGGAGGCAGGGAAACACCCGGAAGACCCCAUUACCGAAGUUCCUUUCCCUGCCAGUCAUUUUGAGAAUCAACGGGAGGCAAGGGAACUUCUGGAAGGGCCCAUUGUAUAGAUUUAUUUUGGUCUCCUUUCCCUGUUGGCUAUUUUAAAGGUCAACUGGAGCCAGGGAAACACCCGGAAGGCCCCAUUGCCUAACUUCCUUUCCCUAUCGGCCAUUUUGAAGGUCAACAAGAGGCUGGGGAACUUCCAGAAGGGCCUAUUGCCUAGAUUUAAUUUGCUCUUCUUUCCCUGUCAGCCAUUUUGAAAGUUAACCAGAGGCAGGGAAACACCCGGAAGGCCCCGUUGCCUAACUUCCUAUCCCUGUUGGCCAUUAUGAGGAUCAACGGGAGGCAGGGGAACUUCCGGAAGGGCCCAUUGCCUAGAUUUAUUUUGGUCUCUUUUCCUGUUGGCCAUUUUGAAAGUCAACCAGAGCCAGGGAAACACCCGGAAGGUCCCGUUGCCUAACUUUCUUUCCCUGUCGGCCAUUUUGAGAAUCAACGGGAGGCAGGGGAACUUCCGGAAGGGCCCAUUGCCUAGAUUUACUUUGGUCUCUUUUCCUGUCGGCCAUUUUGAAAGGCAACCAGAGGUAGAAAAACACCCGAAAGAUCCCAUUAGUCAAGUUCCUUUCCCUGUCGGCCAUUUUGUAAAUAAGUGCAAGGCAGGAAUGCUUCCGAAAGGCCCCAUUGUCUGUAAUCUCUAUUGAAAAUAAGUGGAAAUGUAGGGAAAAGCCUGGAAGGCCUCGCUGCCUCUCUGGUUUCACUAGGUCUCUUUUCCCUGUUGGCCGUUUUGAAGAAGAAUAAGAGAGAGAGAGAGAGAGAACUUUAGGAGGCCCCAUUGUCAGCCAUUUUGAAGCUCAGUUAGGAAGCAGGGAUUCUUCUGGAAGGUCCUGCAGCCUCUUAAGGUUGCCCGGGUUGCCCUUUCCUGGUUGGCCAUCUUGAAAAUCGGGAAACGGGGAAACUUCUGGAAGAUUUCCUUAGGCCUUUCCCUGUUGUCCAUUCUGAAGAGCGAUGGCAGAGGGAGAACUUCCAGAAAGCUCCAUGGUUAGCCAUUUUGAAGAUCAGUGGGAGGCAGGGCAGGGAUACUUCGGCAAGGUCUCCCAAGGUCUUCCCCAUCGGCCAUUUUGAAGAACGACAGGAGACAGAGAACUAAGAGUAGGUCUCAUUGUCGGCCAUUUUGAAAAUCAGUGGGAGGUAGGGAAACUUCCAGAAGGUUUCCUGAGGUCUUCUUUCCCUGUUGGCCAUUGUGAAGAGUGAUGGGAGGGUGAGAACUUCUGGAAGUCCCCAUUAUUGGCCAUUUUGAAAAUAGAUGGGAGACAGAGAUACUUCUGGAAGGUUUCCUGAGGCUGCCUUUUCCUUUCAGCCAUUUUGAAAAGGGCAAAAACUUCCAGAAGGCCCUGUUGUUGGCCAUUUUGAAGCUCAUCAAGAGGAAGGGAUACUUUCCCAAGACCUUCUUUCCUUGUCGGCCAUUGUGAAGAGUGACGGGAGGGUGAGAACUUCUGGAAGGCCCUAUUGUCAGUCAUUUUGAAAAUUGACGGGAGGAAGGGAUACUUCUGGAAAGUUUCCCGAGGCUGCCUUUCCCUGUCAGCCAUUUUGGAGAGGGAGUAAACUUCCGAAAGGCCCCGUUGUUGGCCAUUUUGAAAAAUGACAGGAGAUGGAGAUACUUCCAGAAGGUUUCCUGAGGUCGCCUUCCCCGUCAGCCAUUUUGAAGAGGGAGAAAACUUCCAAAAGGCCCCGUUGUCGGCCAUUUUGAAAAUUGACAUUAGGCAGGGAUACUUCCAGAAGCUUUCCCGAGGCCGCCUUUCCCUGUCGGCCAUUUUGAAGAGAUAGAAAGCUUACGAAAGGCCCCGUUGUUAGCCAUUUUGAAAAUUGACAUUAGGCAGAGAUACUUCCAGGUUUUCCAAGGCCACCUUUCCCUGUUGGCCAUUUUGAAAAGGGGGAAAACUUCCAAAAGGCCCUGUUGGCCAUUUUGAUAAUUGACGGGAGGCGGGGAUCCUUCAGGAAGGUUUCCCAAAGCUGUCUUUCCUGUCGGCCAUUUUGAAAAGGGGGAAAACUUCCGGAAGGCCCCAUUGUUGGCCAUUUUGAAAAUUGACGGGAGGUGGGGGUAAUUCCAGAAGGUUUCCCGAGGCCGUCUGUCUCUGUCGGCCAUUUUGAAGAGCCUUGGCCCUGUGUCGUCUUCCCUUGUGCCGUCUCUCUCACUCCGUUUUGAUUUCUUCUUCCUGCCGCCUCCCAAAAUCGAAUAAGACUAUUUUGAGGUUGAAAAAAAAAAAGAUUCAUGGAAUCCCAAGAAACAAACCCGAACUUGUGACAGGGAACAUGUCGUGCCAGUGUAUUAUCAUUAUGAUUAUGAUUAAUUUUUCCUUUGAAGCUGUGAGUUUUGGCGGCAUUUUCAGCACCGCCGAGAGCCCGAACCUGCUCAGAAAGAGACUCCGAAUCCCAUCGGGUGGAUUUGUAUGCAAUCGAGGCAUUGCACCCGGCCCCGUUUUGGCGACGCUCCCGAAGCCACAUUUACCCCCUUUUGUCCCGUCCAUUUCGUGUGCCUUUUCUUCCCUCCGUUCGAGGGAGCCUCGGCCCUCCAAAGACGACAAAGGAACGCCCCUCGGGGGGUACAAUUACGUAUACGGCGUCGGAGUCAAAAAAAGACCCAAAUGUUACAUUUCGGGGGGAUUAUUCACUCAGUUCUUCCUUUUUCCUUGGAUUGGAAUCGCUCGGAAAUCGUCCAAAAACGGCAUCCCGAUUCGUGCCGAAUUUUCUGUUUCCCGUCUUGGUUUUUCAAGAUAGGUUUUCCGGAGCCACUGUUAAGACGUUUCGAAUUGUUCUCUCCCGUUGUGGAUAAGGAAUUAUUUUAGGAAAGUUUACCAAACAGGUCGUUUUUCUUUACUCCCCCCUCCCUCCCCCAAAGACAGUAUUGGCUCCAUCCAAAAAUUCCCGGGGCUCCCAUUUGUUCGUGUGCAUUUGAAAGGGGAACACUAGUACCUUAUUGGAAACUAAUUCGGGGAUUUAAAAAAACGAAACAAAACCAAACCCACGGUCUGUUCCAUGAUCCUAAACUGAUCUUUGUAAAGUAUUGUUUUCUUCUUUUUGGAAAAAAUAUAUAUACCACCACCCUGCAAUGA